UUUUGUCAGACUCUGCUUCUAGAAGGACAAGUGUUUCGAGGACUUGCGUCUACAGCUUCUCUCUCUGCAGAAUCAGGAAAGCGUGACAAGGGCCUGCCACCAAGUUCCAAGAAACAAAGUCCACCAAAAAAGCCUGCACCAACUGCCGCACCAGCCGCUGCACCGGCCGCCACUCCUGUCGAGCCGUUCGACAACACCACCUACAAGAACCUCCAGCAUCAUGACUACAACGUGUACACCUUCUUAGACGUGAACCUGGACCUCUCGAACCGGAGGUUGCCUCAGCCCUCUUCUGGCCGAGAGUCACCUCGCCACUGAGAGCUCAGUUUAAUGAUCACCCUUAUGUUGUCCGCUGCAUUCUUACCUGCAAAAUAAAGUCUGCUCGAGUCAUAA